CGUCCAAAUGUUUCCUUUCAAUCAAUUUUAUGAAUUUUCAGCACCAGAAGGAAGCAGCUGUGAUUUUACAACCCACCAAAAUUUGGUGUCAAAUUCCGAAAAUGUGGGGAGGACUGAUGAUCAGGACAGGAAGAUUAUGCAUAGAGAUCUCGAACGUGAAAGAAGGAAACAAAUGGCCUCUCUUCUCACCAACCUUCGAUCUUUGCUUCCUCUUGAAUUCAUAAAAGGUAGGCGUUCGAGGGCCGAUCUCGUUAACGAGGCUGUUCGUUACAUUGAACACUUAAAAGGGAAAAUCAGUGAGCUUCAUAUCAAAAGAGAUGCAUUAAAGAGGGUGUAUUUGGAUUCUUUGGGUUACCAGAAUAAUGAAAGUUCCUCGAGUUGUGUUGUGAUUAAUCCAUAUUCUGGUGGAUUGGAGAUUGUGAUAAGCUGUUGCUUUAGAGAGGAAAAAUUGAAACUUUCGGGAGUGAUGAGAGUUCUGCUUCAACAAAGUACUCAUGUUCAAAGUUGUGCUUCUACCAAAGUAAAUGGUAGAAUGUUUCACACCAUUCAGUCAAAGGUUGAUGUUUCAAGGAGAAUUGAUAUACUUGAACUGCAACGAAAGCUAUAUCAAGUUUGCAAUUUUGGGUCAUUUGAGACAUAGAGACAAAUAUCAACUGCACUUGAUUGUAAGAUCAGCUAGGACCCAAAGAGUUGGUGAGCAGAAACAUAUCUGGGAUUGUACUAAAAAAAAUGGUAAUAGAAAAUAAUAAAAUGUAAAGCUAGAAAAAGAAAGGAGAACCAGGUC